UUGACAUGGCUUCCUGCUCUGACUCAGUUACAACUGACAGUCAGAAAACAAAUAGUUUAUCAAAUCGAUCUGAUUCUCAGCCUGACGCUGAAAUGACAGAAACAGAAAUACGAGGUUAUUUAAUGAAGCGAGCUAGGCUUUCACGAAAAUGGAAGAAACAGUGGUUCCUAUUAAGAAAUUGUGACCUGUACUACAGUGAAUCACCGCAGGGUUCAUUGAAAAAAAUUCCCCUUACUGAUGCAGAUAUCUCAGAAACAAGAGUAGACAAAAAACAAUAUGCUUUUCAAAUUAGGAGCAAACAAAAUGGGCGCACUUAUUAUAUCCACGCAGAGAAUGAGCUCACACAGAAUAGCUGGAUGCAAGCUAUAUGCUUUGCAAAAGCUGCAGGCAAUCACGGCAGUGCAUCUCAAGCAUGUGUUAUCCAGUGACAAAAAUAUUUUGUAUGCUUUCUAAAACAGAAUUAAGUUUCUUAUCAAUGCUGUGAUAUUAUUAUGGGCACACACAAACACAAGCAUGUGUCCUGUUUAACUAGAAUCUUAACAUUAUUUAGCUCAUAUCUCCAUUGAUUUGCAGCUAAGUGUUAAAAUGGAUUAUAUUUCUUGUGUUUUACACUUCAGAUAUUCCCAUUUACAACAUUACUUUUUGUAUGGCAUUCCAUACAUUAUGAAAUUUUUUAGUUAAUAUUACUGCUAUUUUUGUUUAUUCCCCCUAAAUGAAUUAUUGAAAGCACUAGAUGCAAAAUAAUGACCAUUAUAACAUUGCCCAUUUUCAUGUUUUCAAUUUGUCAUAAUAAUGCUUUAACUAUAUUGGUCUUAUCUUAACAGACAAGUUUAAAAUAUGAAAGUAACAGAUCCAUGUGUGGUUGUG